AUGACAAAAUGGAAGGCAACUCGCGCGGCUUCAUUUUUCUUCCAGUGUGUUGAUUAUCGAGAGAAAGACAGAAAUCUUCUUCUCUGCAUCGAAUUGAACUGGACAUGGUGUUGGGCUUCUAGUCGACCAGCUUCAACGUCGUCCAUCAUGUCGUUUCUCCUGCGCGCCUCUGCCUCGCGCAUCCCCCAGCGCGCCCUCUUUGCUGCCUCGUCCCUCCGCCAUAGCUCCUCGACAGCUACCGGCAAGGGUACGACCUCGCUCAAUUCGAUCCUUAUUGCCAACAGAGGAGAGAUUGCUCUACGAGUGGGAAGAACAGCUGGACAGCAUGGCAUCCGCGUAACAACCCUGUACACCGACCCUGACGCCCAUGCUCAGCAUGCCUUGAGCUCUCCUUUUGCCUAUAACCUAGGUGAAACCUCUGCCUACCUGGACGGAGACCGAAUAAUUGAGAUUGCCAAACGCGAGGGAUGCAAGGGAAUACACCCUGGCUACGGAUUUUUGAGUGAAAAUGCUGGCUUCGCAAAGAAGUGUACAGAUGCCGGACUUAUCUUCAUUGGGCCACCACCUUCAGCCAUUGACGCUAUGGGAGACAAGAGUCGUUCUAAAGAGAUCAUGACUGCUGCUGGCGUUCCCUGCGUCCCCGGAUAUCAUGGCACAAACCAAGACGUCAACUUCCUCGCCGCUGAGGCUGAGAAAAUCAAAUAUCCCGUCCUCAUCAAGGCCGUCAAGGGCGGUGGUGGAAAGGGUAUGCGUAUCGCCCGCAGUGCUGCCGAGUUCCAAGACCAGCUAAGAUCCGCCAAAUCCGAGGCAAAGAGCUCCUUUGGUGAUGAUACCAUGCUUAUUGAAAAGUACAUUACCACUCCACGCCAUAUAGAAGUCCAGGUGUUCGCGGACCAGCAUGGAAACUCCGUUGCCCUGGGAGAGAGAGACUGCAGUGUCCAGCGUCGUCACCAGAAGGUCCUCGAGGAGUCGCCGGCACCACAUCUGCCAGAGGCCACAAGAAAGGAUCUCUGGGCCAAGGCGAGAGAUGCCGCUUUGGCUGUCGGUUAUGAAGGCGCCGGCACUGUCGAGUUCAUUUUCGACAACGACACUGGCGAGUUCUUCUUCAUGGAAAUGAACACUCGAUUACAGGUCGAGCACCCAGUCACGGAAAUGGUUACUGGUCAGGAUCUUGUUCACUGGCAGCUACUUGUAGCUGAGGGAAAGCCUCUCCCUCUCACCCAGGAAGAGGUCGAGGCCAAAAUGGCUACCAUGGGUCAUGCCAUCGAAGCCCGAAUCUACGCUGAAAACCCCGAACAGAACUUCGUGCCGGACUCCGGUAAGCUGAUCCACGUCCGCACUCCACAGCCUACUGAGGACGUUCGUAUCGAUGCCGGCUUCGUUGCCGGUGAUGAAGUUUCUUCACACUACGACCCAAUGAUCUCAAAACUCAUCGUUCGGGGCGCAGACCGCACCGAAGCCCUGCGCAACCUCUCCAUGGCCCUUGAACAGUACGAAGUCGCUGGCCCAAUCACCAACAUCGAGUUCCUCAAGCGUGUGUGCAAGAGCCCCGACUUUAUUGCCGGCGAAGUGGAGACCGGCUAUAUCGAGAAGCACCGCGAGGAGCUGUUCGCUAAGGAACCAGUCGAACCGGAGCUCUGGGCGCAGGUAGCCCUCUCAACUUUCAUCUCGGGAACUAGCUCCAGCAACCCAAUUGGAAACACUGGCGCAGGCAUUGGCUUUAGCCCGGGCUACCAGCAGCGUCAGUUCACCUUUGUCGAGGCUACGGCCCCAAAUACCCCCGAGGCCACACCGGCUACAGUUCAGAUCUAUCAGACUGGCCCAUCGAGCUAUGAUGUGACCAUCAACAAUGAAAAGACUUUCAGUAACGUUACUGCCACGCUCUCGGCCGACGGCAAGUCACUUACCUCUUUCUUCCCCCAUACUCGUCUUGAUACCACCGUAAUUCGUGACGAGGAUACUAUCACUGCCUUCCAGCACGGACGACAGUACAGACUCAAGGUUCCCCGAGCCAAGUGGAUGGAGAAGGCGCUUGGUAUUAAAGAGUUGACCAACAGCGUCCUAGCUCCCAUGCCAUGCAAGAUUCUGCGCGUGGAAGUAGCUGAAGGUGCAGUAGUGGAGAAAGACCAGCCUCUUGUUGUGAUCGAGAGUAUGAAGAUGGAAACUGUUAUCAGGAGUCCCAUCAAGGGUGUGGUGGAGAAGAUUGUGCAUAAACAGGGGACGGUCAAACGAUCGAUUGACAUCUUUGCUGAUGAAUUGAGAAGAAAAGAAAGAAAGAGUAGACAAAUCCAAUGUCUGGUCUCUCGUCUUAGUGUUGGAAUUAUCAAAUAUCGCAACGAAGUUACCCACCAUGGGCUCCGAUCAUCCUUUUUUCUUUUGGGCCGGUAUCUUCUCGCCCGUACGGAGCCACGAUGGCUUUUCUUCGCAGCUCAUCGGUCCCUGGACAAGGCCGAUAUCCCUCCCAUCCAAGUAUUCAAUAUAUUUUCACGUCGCGGCAUUCUUGUUUUCAAGGGGUUAUACAUGAUGGAUGAUACGAUGACGAGUCCUUUUUUAUUCGUUUGUUUACACAUCUUCCGAGCUGUUUCUCUCUUCUUUUUGGCGGCGAUUCGAGGAGAGAAGAGCUUUCUCCUUAACUGUAUAUAUAAACCUCAAAAUACCAUCACCAACCAUCAGAUCUAG